UUCUCUGUCCCCGUCGCACACGCUCUGCCUCUGCCGUGCAUAAGCCGUACGCUGCCCCAUCACAAACCACCGUUGGAGCUGGCGUCCAAUCUCCAAUGACCUAGAGACACACGCCGACUCGACGUCCUACACGCCGCGCCCGCGCACCCCACGACGCUCUUUGAUUGCCCAUCUUUUUUGGAUAUCCUAUGCCCACGACCUAACAUGGCGCCCGCUCCCUCGUCCACGGCCGACCAGUCGUCCACCCCGCUGGCCGACUAUUUCUUCAUAUCUGGCAUCGAGUCCUCGCAGGUCUACGACGAGCGCACCCAGAACAAUGGCAUAGUAACCUCGCCGCUUGCACAACCCCCGGUCGACGAGACCAUCGAGGAGGACCGCGCCCUCGAGACAGACUCAAUCCGCCCAACCUCCCAGGACGGCCUGUCCAAUGCUGACACCACUCGACGGAGGUCUGCGAACCGAUUCAGCGAAAACCGCCAGUCCAAUGGUACAAUCGUCGGCAUUGGCUCCGAUUCCAAGCAGACUGCAAGCAAUCGUAGCAGCGCCACCAUCAAGGGCCUGCAGCUUGGCGGCUCUGGCCUCAGCGACCAGGAAUUCGACAUUGCACUGCGCAAGUUCGCUUCCGAGCGGGAUACCUUUCUCGAGGAAAUACAGUUUACUGCUGGUGUUGCGCAACAGGCCCGCUCCACCCCCACAAGGCCGCGUCCCAGACCACAGCGCGUGUCACAAGCCAACAAUGACGACGGCGUUGGAAAUCUCAGGUCCGGUGUUGGAAGCAUCCGUCGCCGUAUCUCCACCAUGCAGAGCAGCCUGAAGCGCCAGUCGUCGACAGCGAGACAAUCCUCAAUUCGAACGUCGAAGCGCAUGUCCGGGUACAACUCUGUCAUACCAGCACCACAGCCCUUUCAGCCUGAUCCAGACAUGCAUCCUCUUCUCCGUCGCUACGAGCCUGUGCUGCUGGACCGUUAUCCACCCCGGAACAUGGUCGAGGAACUUAAGAGGCGGAACCCAUUUCCUGACUACGUGCCCAUGUUUGCAUUUCCCAACGAUGUUAGUGUCGUCUCAUCUGACGAGCGACCAAAGAGCCAAUGGCAUGGAUUUGCCAUGACCAACGGAGACGGCUCCAAACUUUAUGGCAUCUGCAUCAUCGUUUGGCUGCCACUGAACGCCACAGCUGCAGAGGGUCUUGAGCGCCAAUGUGAAGAAUGGAGAAACUUGCACAUGAACCCAGAAGAGCGAGAAUUGGCGAGCAGCCUGGGUGAACGUCUAGCAUUGGAACGCGCGAAACUAUCCCAACUCCUAACUAAGCUUCCAUCCGUGGCUCCUGACUCCGAGGAGCGCGAAGAUCUGGACGACCAGAUUGGCGCUGUAGAGGAAAAAAUCCAGUUGAUGACCGAUCUGCUUCGCCCAGUGAGGCAUGGUGCAGCAUCCAAGAUCGAGGGUCUUACUGACGGAGACACUGGACUCUGGAUACCCCGUGCUUAUGGUGUCAUGGGUCGAGAUGCGAGUCUAACGCCCUUCUGGAAGGAGUGGCUAAAGGCCGUCGUUGUCCCAAUGACCACGGGUGCCAUCCUCCGAGUCCCCGCCAGCUCACCGCGAGUAGGUAUGUGGCAGCCGCUUGAGCGAUACGUCGUCAAUCUGUGUGCAGAGGCUCUUAGUCCGAUCACCUCCAUUACGCAAGUUGAACUAGCAGUUCGCGAGCUUCGCAUGUACGCUCGAAAGGAGGCAGUCAACGAGCUCCCCGGCUCCCGAAACAUCGAUAUCUAUGCUCUCUUCCGAUGCAUGUCCAUACCCAACAUCAUCACCUUGUUUGAGUAUGUGCUCUCGGAAGCCAGAAUCAUUCUCCUUUCCUCUCACACGGCUAUGCUACAUUUGGCUAGUAUGGCGAUAACCAACCUACUGUAUCCCUUCCAAUGGGCUGGUGUCUUCAUUCCUAUUUUGCCUGCCCGUCUGGUACAGACGAUAGAGGCGCCAUGCCCAUAUAUCGUGGGUAUCGAGCGUCGUUAUGAGCCCGCUGAUUACCCUGACGACGACUAUGUUCUCGUCGACCUGGAUGCUGAUUCAAUAGUCUCCAACGGUCCACCACCACCAUCGCUGCCACGCCAACAGCGACGAAAGCUCAUGUCUCUACUUCAACAAUCUGCGCCGCAUCAUAUACGAUACGGCGUGCCUACUGGACCGCCAGCUUAUGCUGUAGAAGCUUUCCCGUACGAUACGUUCGCCUCUGAGAACCCCGGUGUCUUCUCAUACAGAGCACACCCUUCGACCGUCCAGAACUAUGUCGGCCUAAAUUCUACGUCUUUUGGAACUGUGGUCGGACCGCCUAGUUCCAGGCCUUUGAUUUACAACGCAUUCCUGCAGUCAAGUGCUUCGAGCCGUGGCAACGACCGACCAUCCACAGCCACCACCAUAAAGACGUACCAAUCGCCGCCUUCGCCCAAGGUUUCCCCAGUCUCGACGGUCUUUCCACCCAUGCCUAGUACCCCUAUAUCGCGAAGCGAUUCUGGUUAUGCUCUCCAAGCCAAUCUUCGCGAGAAGCGAUCCGCCCACUUCGAGACUUCAAGUCGGCGAAGUUCAUCGUUUGGUUUCGAACGUGUACCCCAAAUUCGGCGCCCCUCUCAGCCGUUCCUUGGCCACGCGCCGAGCGCAUCAACAUCGUCUUUGAGUCAUGAGUACAAGGCGGGGUCUUCGUAUGCCCCAUCCGUGUAUGCUCAGUCAACACUGGCUGCUUCGACGAUUAUGCCUGGUAUGGCUAUGCAACAAGUACGGAACACUGCAACAAUGCAAUGGCAAGAGGGUCAUUGCCUGCAAUGGAGACCGCACGAGGAUAAAGCUCUUUGCUCGAUAUGCGAAGAAAAAUCCGAUGAUGGUCUCUAUCGCUGUACCGGUUGUAGCACAUACGCCCAUGGUAGAUGCGUGGAUAUGAUCUGCAUCGUCUGCCCGACGGCUUUCCGACCCGACCAAGUGCGUGCAUCUUUCGUGCGGUGCUUUGCUAGUCUAUUCUACACCUACCGGCGUUAUCUGAUACCGGCUACUGGCGAACGCAAAAAGUCUGGUAUGACAUAUCAAUUCAAGAUGGACGAAUUCGUGAAGAGUCUGCCAGCGGAGAACGUACAGUAUAUCACAACGCUACAGCAGACGCAAGCUUUCAAUGAGUUCAUACAUGAACGCGAGAGCAAGUCUGCAGACGAUCCCACCAUCAAACUGUUUGAUGAAGUCAUCUUGGCGAAGCGGAACCGCGGAAAGUCAUCAUUCUUCUACAAAUCGAAGGUGGACUUCCUGUCCGACACAACGGAUCAUCUUUGGCGCACUGCGUCCGCAACUCCGCCAAAUUCGCGUUUUCCAGGCGAUUAUCGUUCUGUGAUCAGCCGAAUCCCCGCAAAACUCGACCCCACGCUCAUGAAAGAGCCUCGUGUCAUUCAAGGUGUGCCACGCGUCCCUCAAGGGAAGGCCCGCCGUAAGCCCAUUCCGUCCAUGCUUGGACCAAACGGCAAUAGCCCACCACAAAUCCAUACCUCAUGAUCUCGACACCACAACCUUACGCUCUCUAUAACGACGAACCCGACCUCCAUGCCUCUCCCUCUCUCGUCACAGACUCUCAUCUUUCUGUCUCAUUACUGUACCGCAUUUAUCAUACCUAGCGAC